GUAGUUGCCUUUUUUGUAUUCGUUGGCAAUUGCCGAAGUUUCGAUCACUCUGAUCAACGCGUCGUUUCAGGGUAGUCUGAGCUUCCAUUCCUUGCCAGUUAUACGGUGGCUUUAUGAUACUCAGCAGGGGAUGUAGCGUCUCAUUUGCCAGGGCAAUAUCUAACUCUGCUGCAACAAAAGUCUUUUCAGACGCCAAAUCCGCGGAAUUUUUGGCCGCUGCGGCGUCGCCCUCCUCAAUACCGCCUCUUCAUGGUCUACCAGAGGUUAUCGUUACAGGUCGUGCCAAUGUAGGCAAAUCAUCUUUGUUGAAUGCAGUGCUGGGACGAACGAACCUCUUGAUCACUAGCAAGAAGCCGGGACGCACGCAAACUCUCAACUUCUACCGUGUAGGCGCACCUCCAGGAUCGCUUCUCCUCGUCGAUGCCCCGGGAUACGGGUCAAGAGGACGGCCGGAAUGGGGCAAGUUGUUUGACUAUUAUGUUGCAAACCGGGAGCAGUUAAAGAGAGUAUACAUCCUGUUCAACGCGAAGCAUGGCCUAAACGAUGUCGAUCGCAUGAUGCUUCAGUCCCUGGAUAGUCAAAUCCAAUCAUCCAGCGGGAGCAGGUUCACUCUACAGGGCAUCAUAACGAAGGUGGAUACUGUGGGCGCUGGCGCAGCGGAUGCCGUCACAAAAAUCCAGAAAGACAUAUUUGAGGUGGCUCCUACAUGUCUUCCCGCUAUUGUGACGUCCGCCACAAGGCGUCCUCUCUACGGAAUUGAAGAUGUCAGACGAAGUAUUGUGGAGGCUUGUGGAUUGGGGAACAUACAAACUAAAUCUAUUCGCUCAUGAUGUAUCGCCACAAACUCAUCUUCCUGUACAGGUUUCUCCACUGAGUAACGAACGUCUUGCAGACUUUUCCACGCCAUAACUUGCGAUUCCAACAUGAAAGUUCGGUAAGACUAAGAUCGAUUUGGAAUCGGU